AUGUCGGACGUCAAUCCCGAGGACACCCCUGUGGAGGACCACAACGUCGAGAACAACAGCGUCGGCGAGGAAGAUGGCCACGAUGAGGAGGAGAUCUCUGCGAUGAAGAGACGGGUAGCCGAGAUGGAAGAGGAGGCCGCCAAGUUGCGCGAAAUGCAAGCCAGCCUCGACCAGCAGAGUCGGGAACUUUCAGAGAACAAGGAGGACAUCGACAGCCGCAGUAUCUUCGUCGGCAACGUCGACUACUCUGCUUCUCCCGAGGAGAUUCAAGCCCACUUCCAGAGUUGCGGCUCCAUCAACCGCGUCACUAUAUUGUUGGACAAGUUCACUGGACAGCCAAAGGGAUAUGCCUACGUCGAGUUCACCGAGCCCAGCCUUGUCGCCCAGGCCCUGGUCCUCAACGAGAGCGUCUUCAAGGGUCGCAACCUCAAGGUCGUCCCUAAACGCACCAACAUCCCGGGUAUGUCUCGUGGUCGUGGCCGCGGUGGAGCGAGAGGAGGUCGCGGCUUCGGCCGUGGCGGAUUCCCACCUCGCGGCGGCUACCGUGGAGGCUACCGUGGCCGAGGCAGAGGAGGAUACACUCCUUACUAG